UGCUUGAAACUUGAGAAUUAGAGAUGGUUCUACAUAAGAAAUGUAAAUGUUAAAAACUUGCUUACUUUGACUAAAAAUUGAUCUGAUAAAGGGUUAAGUGGACAAAAUGUCUCAUUUGGUUUCAACUGUAAACAGUCUUCGUCCAGAUAUGUUGGACUUCCUUACUAAAAUGCCCUUAGCGCUUUUGUUUACACUUUCUUCGUAGCCGUUGCCAACCAUAUUAUCUGAAUAAUUUUGUAUUCAUCUUGUUUGAGGUUCUGAAUAACAGAUAGUAAUUAGUUUAAGGGCUUUUAAGUAAUAAAUAACCAGCGAAUCAUUCAUAAUGAGGACGGUUCCUAAAUGGGUAAAUAAAAUUCAUGAAGCCGAUAAAAUUGAAUUCUCCAGUGUGCACACAAUAUGCUUCAGUCCAGAUGGUACCCAACUAAUAGUUGGUGCUGGGGAGAAGGUUAUGGUAUAUGACCCAAGAGAUGGUGCUCUUCUUCAACUCCUCCAAGCUCAUAAAGGACCAGUUUAUGCAGUUGCAUAUUGUAAAGAUGGGAAGAAGUUUGCCAGUGGAAGUGCUGACAAAAAUGUUAUUAUAUGGACCUCUAAGAUGGAGGGUAUUCUUAAAUAUUCUCACAGUGAAGCAAUUCAGUGUUUGGCUUACAAUCCUGUGUCAUAUCACUUGGCAUCGUGUGCUCUUUCGGACUUUGCUUUUUGGUCAGCUGAUGUAAAGGCAGUGCAGAAGUAUAGAGUAUCAGGCCGCAUUACGUGCUGUGCAUGGGAUCAUGUAGGGCAGCAUUUAGCUAUUGGCCUGGCAAAUGGAGCGGUUUCUAUUCGGAGUAAGUUAGGUGAUGAAAUUCAUAGAAUAAUUAGGGAUGCUGCUGUGUGGGCCGUCACAUUCUCAAAGUCGACACUUCUAGUGACAGAUUGGAAUGAUACACUCUCUUUUUAUAAUGUUCUGGGUCAACAAGUUUUAAAAGAAAGAUACAUAGGUUUGUCCGCUGUAUCAAUCUCUAUACUUGGAGCGCUUGUUUUAGUCGGUGGAGUGGGUGGCUGGACUGUACUGACUUCUGAAGGUGUUUCUAUUUUCACUACACCACUGGAGUGGGUCUGGUCUAUUGCACCAUCAAAUACUCUAAAUACUAUGGCUGUAGCGUGCCAAGACGGGACUCUAUGGUGCUUUCAGAUAGUGUUUAGCACAGUUCACGGUUUGUACCGGGAGCGUUACGCGUACAGGGAGAAUAUGACUGACGUCAUCAUUCAUCAUUUGGUCACCGGGAAGAAAGCUAAAAUUAAAUGUCACGACAGAGUGCAGAAGAUAGCCAUCUUUAAGCAUCGCCUAGCAGUCCAGCUACCAGAACGUGUGGUGGUAUAUGAGCAGGCUGAUCAACAUGGCAUGGUUUACAGAGUGAAGGAGAAGAUUGUACAGCCAAAUGAGUGUUCACUUUUAGUAGCCACAAGUGAAGCGUUGCUGCUGUGUCAGGACACAGACCUUGCAAUUAUUGGCGCAAAGAUCCCAAAGUCCUGGACAGUUCCAACACCCAUACGUUACGUCAAAGUUACCACACUACACUCGCGGGAGGUUUUACUUCUAGGACUGAUGAACGGACAAAUCUGGCAGGUGGAACCAAGCACAGGUGUAGCGAAGGUCAUAAUGCAAAGUCCUGGCAGUAUUCGAUGCCUCGACGUGAACGCGUCACGCGGUCGCAUCGCAGUCGUCGACGAGUCGUCCGUCUGCCGCAUCUACAGUUUGCCAAAUGGAGAACUUCUUUAUUCGGAAGAGAACGUGUCGUCAGUAUCUUGGAAUUCUUGGUGCGACGAUAUGCUUUGUCUAUCGGGUGGAGGAGUGUUGUCUAUCAAAGCAGGUCACUUUCCACCCGCGACACAACCUCUCACUGGAUCAGUUGUUGGUUUCCAGGGUGGCAGAGUGUUUUGCCUGCAAUCAAAUUCAAUGCAAACAAUAAAUGUGCCAAUGUCGCAUGCCGUUCAUCAAUAUGUCGAGCAAAAAAUGUUCAACGAGGCGUAUGCGGUAGCCUGUCUGGGCGUCACAGCUUUGGAUUGGGAGCGACUCGGUACUGCAGCAUUAGAAGAAUUGUCCUUUGAAGUGGCGAGGAAGGCUUUUCAACGCAGCGAAAAUAUUGUAUUCCUCACUCUUAUUGAUCAACUUCAGGAGCGAUUCGAAAGCGGCGAGAAACGAGCGGUGAUUGUGGGUGACGUGCUGGCCUAUUGCGGGAGGCACACGGACGCGGCGCACUCGUUCCACAACGCGGCACGCGACGACCGUGCCCUUGCGCUGUUUCUUGACCUGCGCAUGUUCAUCAAGGCUCAGGAAUAUGUGGGUGAUGGCGAAGGGGUGACCAGGCUUGCGCGGCAAAGGGCGGACUGGGCUAGGCGUGUUAACGAGCCGCGAGCCGCUGCCGAGAUGUAUUUAGCCGUCGGUGACGUGAAACGAGCGGCGCGACUUCUCGCGGAAUACGGCCGAAGGGAUGUGCUGAUAGAAUUGGCUCGAAAGAUGGAUAAAGGUUCGAGUGAAUCUCUGCGUCACUUGGCAGAAGCGCUAGUGGCCGUAGGCGAAUAUCCAACUGCGGGCGAUGUCUACCAACGAUUGGGAGAUUACAAGAGGGUGGCACAAUUGGCUGUGGCAGCUGGCGAAUGGUCCCGCGCGUUUGCCUUAGCCCGCGAGCACGCAGACUGUAAACGUGACGUGUACUUACCGUACGCACAUCGGAUGGCGCAGGAGGAUAAAUUCGUUGAAGCACAGAGAGCGUAUCACAUGGCGGGUGAAACCGCGACAGCGAUGCGAGUAUUCAGCGUUCUUGUGACAAACGCGGUCGCUGAGGAACGUUUUAGCGAUGCCGGGUAUUUGCACUAUCUGCUCGCCGCACAGUGUCUGGACUCCGCUGGGACAGACAACAAGUAUGUAAUCAAUGACCGCGCUACAUUGCUGCAACAGUACGCGCAUAACGAACGUCUCGCACGCAUUUACCACGCGUACGAUGUCGUCCACCGAUGUGUGUACGAACCUUUCUCCUUGGCGCAACCAGAUGCCUUGUUGAACGCGGCUCGAUAUGUGCUAGCGCUGUUGGAUGGAGAGCCGCCACCUGGUGUAUCUAUGUUUUGUCUCUAUCUUUGUCUAGCGAAGCAAGCAAAAGUUAUCAACGCAAAUAUAUUGGGAAGACAGAUGUUGGACAAAUUAUUAGCACUUCAAGUUCCGCAAAAAUUUCAGGAAGGUGUCGAACUGUUGAUGCUGAAGAGCGUCGGGAACAAUGGAAGCAGUGGCGGUGAAGACGAGGUGGCGCCACUGUGCUGGAGAUGUCGUCGUCACCUGCCACCUCUUGCCAUUCAAUGUCCGCGUUGCAGACACGAUCUAACACACUCCUUGGCCACACAUGAGCUCCUACCACUGGUACGUUUCGAGCCUGCGGAGGGAAUCACACAUGAAGAAGCCGUCGACUUAAUCGAGCGCAUGCCGAUACCGGAGGUUGAGAGGGGAAAAACUGACGGUGCUGACAUUUUUCGGAUAGGUGAAGACGUUGAUUACACCGACCCUUUUCUGGAUAAAUUCGAUGAGGAGGACGAAGGUGUUGUAGAAUGCAGCCGCUUGGCACUGCUGAGGUUGAGUCCCGCAUCUGUAGUGACGGUUCGAAGGACACCGUUCCCGCCAUUAUUCUACCGAAACAUGAUGCCUGAAUUGCCCAUUACAACCUGUCCUGUCUGUCAGAACCUGUUCUACCUAGAAGACUAUGAGAUACAUUUAAUUACAAAGCGCCAGUGCCCAUUUUGUAGACAUCAGCCCGAAGAUUUGAAAAAGGAUGACGGUAGCAGAGAGAAUUCCAUCGUCAACGGAUCCGGGUCAUCUACACCUCGGAGUCCAAGCGAAACACAAAGUACAUGGCCUUUAUCUAGUAUAUUGUAAUUAAUACCAACGAUGCGGUCUACAAUAAUUCAUUCCUUAGGAAAUGGGAAUAAAAAAGUCCUAUUCAGACUCUGCAUAGGACUCUCGCUGUCCGAGACAUGAAUUGCUUAGAUUUUAGGCAGCUGCAUAUGUUCUAGGCCCUACCUAGAACAUUGGGUUCGAAGUCUCCUCCUACGUAACAAAUGUCGAUCAGGUUCAUUAUUUUUCUCGAUCAUUGUUGACGUAGCGUAGAAUACAGAUCACCUCUUCUCAACCUGUCUGUGAAAUUCUCAUUAAAAUCGGUCGGUUGUGCAAACAGAUAGAUACAAAUAUAAAGUGUGUUUAGAUUUGUUUUGCUAUCAUUCGAUUGAUUUUAUAUGUUUAAUAAGAUGCAGUUAUUUUUAACAGGUUCAUCUUUCAUCUUCGUUUUUAUUGUUUUUCAACAUAGAUUUUUGUGUAGAUGUAUAUUUUGUAUAACCGAUGUUAGUUACAUUUUGUGAUAAAACCACCGUCCUAUAAUU